GGAUUAAGCAUGAAAUCUAACUGUAUCUAAUAGAAUAGCGUUUGGUAUAUGCGGUUCAAGAUUUCAUAUGCCUUCGAAGGGAGCACAAUUUCUCCCUCCUAUCCUUAUCUUGGGACACGCUAAAAUUACUCCCAUACAUGCAGGCCCAAAAGCUUGUAUGCCUUCGUUGCUCAGUAUUGCCCAACACGAUAUGUUUUUCGGCAGAGUAUUUGAAGUGGGUCUCCUCCGAAAUGCCAUUUGAUUCAUUUAGACUUAAAUGGGUGUUUUUCGUAGCCUGAGACUUGAUUACUGGCACUCCUCAUUGCACAAUGGCUUCAAGAUUGGUGGCACCGAUUUUGUCAAGUUGAAAUACUUAAAUAAAAAAUCAGUCCCCAUUUGGCCCUCAAGGCAUCACUACCAUUAUACGAGAAUUUCAGUGGUUAAAAGCAACAAUGACAAUGGCAACCGCAGCAACAAUUGGGCAUCUAUACAUGGGGUUCCUUCAGUGGCUCCAUUGCUUGCAGCCUUGGCAUUGGUUUUACAGAACAUGCGAGGAAGAGUAAUGUUUCGUGGGGAACAGGGCCCUUACAUCCUUGAAAACACAGUGAAAAAAUGGAUUGCAAGACUGCAGGGCUGCAGGGAUAUGGUGAAGGAAGCAGAGCUGGCUAAUGGUAAGUUUUUACAGCAAGGUGGCAUAGGAAUGGCUCUUAUGAGUACAACUUUAAUGGCCAAGCAGAAGAUUAGCCCUGUUUUGGAGAUAUUAUGGGCAAACCCAACAUUCAUGUCUGGUCUCUUAGCAUGGGCAAUUGCCCAAAUGCUAAAGGUCGUGACCACCUUUGUCGUGGAAAGGAGGUGGGACCUAAAAAUGUUUGUGAGUUCAGGAGGAAUGCCUUCUUCUCAUUCUGCUCUCUGUUGCGCCCUUACAGCUUCUGUGGCCAUUUGUCAUGGGGUUAGUGGUUCUCUGUUUCCUGUUUGCCUGGGAUUCAGUCUUAUAGUUAUGUAUGAUGCCAUUGGUGUGAGAAGGCAUGCUGGCAUGCAGGCUGAGGUUUUAAACUUGAUUGUAGAGGAUCUAUUCAAAGGACAUCCCAUUUCUGACAGAAAACUGAAAGAACUUUUGGGUCACACACCUCUGCAAGUGGUUGCCGGAGCCUGCCUUGGAGUGCUGGUUGGAUAUCGAUGUUCUCAGACCUGCUCUGUUGUGUUCUAAGAAGCGGUGAACUUGAAAUCUGGAUUCUUUGUAACAUUUAUGUAAAUUAGUGGUCAGCUACAGAUACAUUCAUUUUAAUUAAGAUAUGGCCUAUCGUUCUUGAUUUAA